UAUGAUCUCUGUUGGCCAUUUGCUCUCUUCUAAAUUCUUGUACACUCCGAGCUUCUAUCGACCGGAUGUAUAGCUUCCCACUGAGGCUCGAAUGCCGCCGUUGAAAGCCUAGCUCCACAGCUUUCCUUCUUGUUCUCGCUCAACGGCCACCCAUUGCGACCUCCCUCAAGCGAUCUUUCGGAAAACUAUUUCUAGGUGAUCAUGCCUUCUUCGAGGGACUCCCGCUCAGAUGCUGAGCAAUCUCGGCCGCAGAAACGACAACGCAUUGAGCGAGCCUGUGAUCGAUGCAAAGCAAAGAAGACGAAAUGUGAUGGCAAACAACCAGCAUGCACGAGAUGUGAGAACCAAGAUGCGGAAUGUGUUUAUGGAGAGGUCGGAAAAAGGGGCAAAGGCAAAACGAAAGAACACGUUCGAUCCCUUGAAGAACGUCUGGCCAAGAUGGAAGCCCUACUUGUAGCUAAUGCGAGGCAAUCGCGCGCAAGCAAAUCUGGCGAAGCUGCCGACGGUCUUCCAAUGCCUGCCCCUACGCUUUCUACAGAUGGCAACGGCAUUAGCGAUGCAGAUCAUCAUGCCUUGGCCACAGACAACGAGACUUGGGCGUCACCUAGUCAUACUAUGGAGCGAGUCCAAAAGCCAGUAAACAACGAGGAAUCAUUACUUUCGGGGCUGCCCCCGUCAAUACCGGGUGCUCAUGUCACAAAGGAAGAUGUCGAUGCUCUCAGAGACAAUCUGGUCCAAAGGCUACCACGGAUGCAGACAUUCAUGGUCUUACCCCCAACUUAUGAGGUCUUCAGCAUGGUCGAGAUUUAUCUCGAUGACAUGAAUGCCUUCCUACCGAUCUUUCACCCCCCGUCUCUAAGGAUGCUUUGCCGGUGCGGGAUGAUGAAAAGUGACAAGCCCGAUCCGCUGUGGUGGGCUUGCAUAAAUGUAAUCAUAGCCACCACCAUGCAGUCCAGAUCUACGGAUGAUGGAUUCCAAAAGGUUUCGGAGUUCUCAUGGGCUUUCUUCAAGAACGCUUUCUCGGUAUAUGAUGACAUCAUGUCAUCCGAGCCCAGCAUUCUGGGUCUCCAAGUGCUGCUUGCUAUGGCUGCCUACUUGGGUAGGACUACAAAUCUGAGGAUGGCGAUGUUGCUCUCCUCUACCUGCGUUCAUAUGGCGCGUCUGUUGGGUCUUGAUAAGGAAAGCCACAUUGUUGGGAUGCCUCAAGCAGAGUCUGAACAACGAAAACGUUUGAUCUGGAUUAUAUUCGUUCUCGAUGCCUUUAUAAGGAUCAAAGCCAAUCAACCUUUGAUAUUGAGCGCUGGAUGUAUCGAAGCCGGCAUCCCCGACCAAGCACCAGCCGAUCGACUCGGCUACUUCAAGAUUUCUUGCACAGAACAGAGUGUGAACGUGUUCGAUUUGAUGAUCAAGAUCACAGCCAUUCGCUCAGAGAUAUAUAGCUACUUGAACAUCUCGACAAAGCGGGCUCUUCGCAGUCCGGAAGCCCAAGACUUCAUCAUUUCCAUGCACGGUCGAGUCUCCACCUGGACGACGGAACUACCGAUAGACUAUCGUCCGGAAGGUUCUAUCAUGGUGUUGGAUCUGUCAAUCCUCAUACUUCAUCUUACAUAUUAUGACUGUGUGACACGCCUUCGUACACUGGUCGAACAAUCCACAGUUCCACAAGAUUCAAAUCAGAUAGGGACAGAAGAACAACGCGCCCAUAUUGCACGGUGUGUUCUUGAUUUGAUCCGCUCUUCUAAUGCAAUACCUUUCGUGUAUCUCUGGCAACCACUACAAGAUAUUUUCGCUGCUACCAUAGAGCUCACGUCGAACGUAAUAGCCCGACCUGCUUCUGAGCAUGCACUGGCAAACGUCAAAGCUAUAAGCUCAUUCGUACGCUUCCUGGAGACCUUGAAGUACAAAAAAGGCUGCGAUCUUACACGGCUUCUGAACGGCUGCACGAUACUAGAAAAGGUAGCCAAAGGUGCUGUCAUGGGGGAGCAAAGUACGCAUUACGAGGCUGUUCGGUUCCUUUUCUCGUGCUCUCCCGGCCAUAGGCUGCUUGCGCAAGCUCUCUUGACCAAUCUUCCUAAGCUAGAUGCGGUUUGUCAGGCCGCAUCUGCUAAUGUAUUCGCUCAAUCCGAGCAGCGUCCCCGAAACAUCCCAUUGCUAGCACCCGAUUGUAUGGUGCCGAGCACCUACAACUUCGGGCCUGGCCCUAGUGAUUCAAGCCUUGUUGACACGAUGCGCGCUGUCUAUAGCGAUGUAGUGGCCUGAUUUGCGAGAGAGACUGACGUGUUACUGCGUCGUAGGAGGGCGGAAGAGAUGGGUAUGAAGAUGCUGCAUGAUAUGUUAGCCAUACUGAUGCUACUCCUAGUACAGAUAUAUCCACAUACCUUCUUUAGCAGAGCUUGCAGGCGCAGUUGUGUAGGCCGUAGCCGCCAAUGCCCAUCAGGGACACGCAAUGCUCGAUGAAAUCGCGCG